UAAAUGCUUUGAUAAAUGGCCUUUCUCUAUGUGUCAUCGUACGAUUUCGAUCUAGAUCUCUUGUGCGUUUCGUUGACACGAACACUGCACCACACCGCCAACAUCUGGUCAUAAUGCCUCGAAACAACAAAGCGACUGAAGAGACGGACAAGCUAACUCGUAUUGCCAUUGUCAACACAGAUAAGUGCAAGCCGAAGCGAUGUCGUCAAGAGUGUAAAAAGUCGUGCCCCGUCGUCCGUAUGGGGAAACUUUGCAUAGAAGUUACGCCCAAUGAUAAGCUCGCUGUUAUUUCCGAAGAACUAUGCAUUGGUUGUGGUAUAUGCGUAAAAAAAUGUCCUUUUGAGGCAAUUACGAUUAUCAACUUGCCAAGUAAUUUAGAAAAAGACACAACGCACCGCUAUUCGCAGAAUUCCUUCAAGCUGCAUAGGCUGCCAAUCCCACGGCCAGGAGAGGUGUUAGGGCUGGUGGGGACCAACGGUAUCGGCAAAUCCACUGCCCUCAAGAUACUGGCGGGCAAACAAAAACCCAACCUCGGUCGCUACUCGAGUCCGCCAGAUUGGACAGAGAUCCUGAGUCACUUUAGAGGUUCAGAGCUGCAGAACUACUUCACUAAGAUCCUAGAGGAUGACCUGAAGGCGCUGAUCAAGCCUCAGUAUGUGGACCAGAUACCCAAGGCAGUGAAGGGAACAGUUCAGCAACUCAUGGACAAGAAGAGUGAGAGGGACAAUCAGGCCGAGAUCUGUGAACUGUUGGAUCUCUCCAAAAUCCGAGGCCGGUCAAUAGAAGAUCUGUCUGGUGGAGAGCUGCAGAGGUUUGCUUGUGCCAUGGUGUGUAUCCAAGAUGCGGACAUCUUCAUGUUCGACGAACCCUCCUCCUACUUGGACGUCAAACAGCGGCUGAAGGCUGCCGUCACCAUUCGAUCCCUCAUCAGACCUGAGAAAUUCAUCAUCGUAGUAGAACACGAUCUGUCAGUGCUGGAUUACCUGUCAGAUUUCAUCUGUUGCCUCUAUGGAGUGCCGGGGGCCUACGGAGUAGUCACUAUGCCUUUCUCAGUCAGGGAAGGAAUUAACAUCUUCCUGGACGGGUUUGUGCCGACGGAGAACCUGAGGUUCCGGGACGAGUCACUGGUGUUCAAGGUAGCAGAGAGCGCCACAGAAGAAGAGGUGAAGCGGAUGAAUCACUACGAGUACCCGGCCAUGAUCAAGACAAUGGGGGAGUUCAGGCUGGAAGUGCAUCAAGGCCAGUUUACCGACAGUGAGAUAUUGGUGCUGCUAGGAGAGAAUGGUACCGGCAAGACCACUUUCAUCCGCAUGUUGGCCGGAAACCUGCCCGCAGACUCCGGUUCCGGGGACUUGCCUCAGCUCAACAUCAGCUACAAACCACAGAAAAUCAGCCCCAAGUCCCAGGGGCUGGUGCGGCAGCUGCUCCACGAUAAGAUCAGAGAUGCUUAUGUUCAUCCCCAGUUCUGUACGGACGUGAUGAAACCCCUGAAGAUGGACGACAUCAUGGACCAGGAGGUGCAGAACCUCUCGGGAGGAGAGCUGCAACGUGUGGCCAUGGCUCUUUGUCUUGGCAAACCAGCUGACGUCUAUCUAAUCGACGAGCCUUCCGCAUACCUUGACUCCGAGCAACGUCUUAUUGCAGCUAAAGUCAUCAAAAGAUUUAUUCUGCAUGCGAAAAAAACUGGUUUCAUUGUGGAGCACGACUUUAUAAUGGCGACAUACCUGGCGGAUCGAGUAAUUGUGUUUGAGGGGUCUCCUUCAGUGAACACGGUUGCCAACACGCCACAGUCACUGCUGGCCGGCAUGAACCGGUUCUUGGAGCUGCUGGGCAUCACGUUCCGACGCGACCCCAACAACUACCGGCCCCGCAUCAACAAGAACCAAUCGGUCAAGGACGUGGAGCAGAAGCGGGCCGGUCAAUAUUUCUUCCUGGAAGAUUAAUCCUACAAGGCUAUCUUAUUGGUUUGGUAUUAUUAUUACAAGCUCAUCGGAAUAAAUAAAUAUGCCGAGUA